UGAAGCAGCGACCGCAAAUGUGUGUUGACCUUCUGAAAGAACUUCAUGACCUUUACAUCAUAUUUAAAAGGUAUUCAAAACGCUUGCAAAGUUUCAGAACAAAUACCAAUGACAUACGUCUGUUCAAUGUCUCCAUAUUGAGCAAAACAGGAUCAAAGUGGGAGCAAUGGGAUGAAGCCCGUGCAGAAAUUUUUCUAUGCCUUCGACAAAUUGGUGGCUACUUUAAAAAUAUGACUGUUGGAAAAUGCUUCAGUUUAUCACAUAUCAAUUUAUUCUGGGAUGAAUUUCGGAAGCGACUGAGUAGUCUCAAGCUUUUUUGUCCAGUAUGCCUUCGCCAGGAACAGAAACUGAUUCAGUAUCAAUAUGACUAUAUCCCGGUUGGACUAGAUUUCUACGAUCGAAAAUGUCAACAAAUUUUCAACGAACCCUUUGGUUACAAUUCAGAAGGAAUCUAUGAACGUUUCAACUUUCCGAGAUGGUACAUGUGGAAUACAGAAAAGAAACCUCUUCUGUCCAAGAACAUGUUCCGAGAAAAUUUAGUACAACAUCGGCAGUACUUUUAUUGGUCAUGCGAUCAACACCGCUUCGAUUUGAUUAUGAAUAGUAAAAGGUAUUUGCCACCAGAUCCCAACUAUUUGCCGCUUUAUGUUCCGUUUCUGGUGACGAAUUAUUUCUCUAUCCAUGUCGAAUAUCAGGGACGAUGCGUUGUCACAUUCGAUUCAAACCGGACGAUUGUUUCUGGGAGUCAUGAGUAUGCAGUUUACUACCGCGGAAAGGUGUACCUUUGUGCGUCAGCUGAAUGUGCCCUGGAGUUUUUAAAAAAUCCUGAACAUUAUUUCAACUAUGUCGACUUUGUACUGGAGGAACCCCAUCCAGACUGGGAUUUGAAAGAUAUGGAAAUUGACUAUGGCAAUUUAACAGCUGAAGUCAUAGUACAAGCGUUAACAGCAUUAGCCGAAGAACGACCGAAACACUUUGCGUUGAGCAUUGCGGAUUCGGCCGCAAUAUAUAUAGGAUUAUUUUUGAAAAUGACAAAUCCCAACAACAGCAGUGAUAUAACGAGGCUCUACCAGAGGGUUUUAUCUAAAUAUUUGUUCGAAUGUUCCUUGUUGAAAUCACGGCUGACAAAAUGCUUAAGAGAGGGUAAUCCUUAUAUUCAAUUCGAAGACUCACCUGUGGAGGCUUAGUGGUUUUAUUUAGUUUGUGUCAUUGAACAUUUUGUAAUUCUUCUAUUAUAUAUCAUGAUAUCCUGUACUAUUAUCCUACAAUAAAAUAAAUUUUAUCAACAAAGGAUUAUUCAUUUGGUCAUUGUGCAGUUCAUCUCUUGUUUGCAGAUACGUGUAAAGCAGGAACUCACAUUAUCCCCUUUUUUCAUUACCGCCGAUCAGGCUAUGGCUCAGUUCUAUUAUCCUUAUAAGCAGGUACCAGGUUUGAUAAAAAUAUGGUCAUCCUUUUUGCUGGCGAUGCGACUGGAUAGAUGGACACUUACUAAUAUUCAUGUACUAAUGCCCUCUUAAGAUCGCGUGUAUUUACGGUCGUUGACCCGUCUCUGGUUUGCGGAUAGAAGUUGUUCCAGAAUACGAAAAACCAUUUAGAAGAGACGGUUUAAGCCUGGUUGUUGAAGGAGGGAUGAUAGCUUCUGUUUAAAUCGCUGUAUGCCACUGCAG